GAGGACAGCGCGAGGCGGACGGUCCAAUUGAGUUGCUCGUCAGGAGUGUACAGUCACGGAAAAAGCGCUAACAGUGACUGCACGAGGCAGGUGUGGAGCACGUGCUCCAUAUGUGUUUGGGUGGAAUUAAGUAGACAUCAUGUCUGGACAUCCAGAUCCUCGUGGCCAAGAGGAUGGAGCUCCAGGCACGGUUUGGGAAGCCCUGCGCUAGGAGAUGGUGCUGUGGACUGAGCAACAAGGGAGAGAAAAUCCAGAUCACGGUCACGCUGACCAACGAACUGCCUCCAUCCUCGCCCGUGUGCCUGCAGUUCUACAACAUUGUCUUCAAGAGGAUUCUGAAGAUUCUAAACAUGCAGCAGAUCGGCUGUCAUUACUACAACCCCGGGGACCCCCUGAAUAUCCCUCAGCACAAGUUGUCCAUCUGGCCUGGCUUUGUGACCAGCAUCCUGCAGUACGAGUCCGGCAUCAUGCUGUGUGAUGUGACCCAUAAGGUUUUGCGCAGCGAGACUGUUCUCGACUUCAUGGGCAAACUGAGACAUCAGUGUGGAGACCAGCGCUUUGUUGACAUCUGCACCAAGGAUCCUACAGGGAGCGAGAGCAGUAAGGGGGACCACAGAACACACAGAGAAAACAGAACUGUGGUUGUGAUCCUGUCAACCAACCGUAAGGAUAAAUACGAUUGCGUGAAGUACCUGUGUGUGGACUGUCCCACUCCAAGCCAGUGUGUGGUGGCUCGCACCCUCAGCAGACCUCCGACCCUCAUGACCAUAGCCACAAAGAUCGCCUUGCAGAUGAACUGCAAGAUGGGAGGAGAGCUGUGGAGCGUCGCGAUCCCGGUACGGUUCUCUGCGCUGAAGGCCUUCUAAAACUACUACAAAUGUUUGCCAUCACGCAUCGUGGUGUACCGAGACGGCGUGGGCGACGGCAUGCUGUUGCACGUCAACUACGAAGUGCCUCAGUUCAUGCAGUCCAUCAAGGCCAUGGGCGAAGAUUACGUGUGAAACUUAAAACAUCUCGGCUCAGGCACACGCACCCUCACCUCAGCCAGCAUGCGCCUGGUCCAGUUCCGCCGACGGGGAGCCGAGUGAAGUGCGAGGGUCGGUGUGGAGAGCGCGAACGGCGUCGUCGACCUGAAGGCGUUUGAUCAGACCGUGCCGUCCACCAUGAGGGAGUUCUUGGAGCUGGGAGAGAAAGGCAUAGAGUGUGCUCAGAGGUGGGGCAGACUUCAUGGACUCACUUACAUGUAAUCUUUUGGCUGAUAUCCAAAACUGAGAAUUCAGUCCUUAAGGUUUAGAUCAAGUUUAGCUGACUAAAUUUGGUCUAUAACGAACAACUAAAUGACUAAAACAUGAUAAAACGUUGUCCUGUUGUCUAAAGAUCAAUAUUAGCUGUUAAAAUUGACCUCCAGUAAUCAAUAUCAGUUGGCCUACAAAAUGUUCUUGGCAUUGGUGGAAGUCAUGCUUUUAAAACACUGGUAAUGUCUCUAAACCCACAGUGAGCCACUAGAGGGAGCUAUUCGCUCACAGGAAAUGGGUUAUUUGUGUAAAACAACUUUUGGCAGCAUACAACUUAUGAUUUGUUGACGAACAGGUGAAAAUUUUACAGCAAAGUGUAAAAUCUGCUUCUGGUUAAAAGUCUCGACUUAAGUCUCAUAUGUAGUUUUUAUAUUUAUUUAU